AUGCUUCCUGCCUCGCGCCAGUACUCGCGCUCCACCCCCCUAGUCGUCACCCGUCUCAUCCACGCCCUCUCACCCCCCACCCACCCCGUAGGUCGCGGCCUGGCCUCGCUGCGCCAUCUGGCGUCCGCCUCAAUCCCACAAGCUCCGCAUCCCCCCCAACAAGCCCCUUCUGCCACCUCCUGGUCGCGCCGUCUGACCCAGCUCGCCGCUGCCUCCGCCGUUAUCGGCGGCGCUGCCACCUACAUCUCCGAUCCCGACGGCACCACUGCUACGGUCCGCGGUGCCGUCGAAGCUGUCGACGCUCAGAUCAAGUAUUUUGCAGAGCCUUCCAGGAAAAAGCUCCUCCCCGAUCUCGAGCCCGCCUUUCCUGGCGGACCCAUCCCACGCACCCUCGUUAUCGAUCUCGAGCGCACCCUCAUUUACUCUACCUAUUCCCGCGCUUCCGGCUGGCGUGUGGCGAAACGCCCUGGUGCUGAGGCCUUUUUGGCCUACCUCGCCUCAUUUUAUGAGAUCAUCGUCUUCACGUCUGCCCUCGAUAGUUAUGCAGAGCCCAUUCUGAACAAGCUCGAUCCCAAUGGCUAUAUUACCGAUAAAUUGUAUCGAGCAGAAACAGACUAUAAACGAGGGGUCCACAUCAAGAACUUAGAUGUUCUCAACCGCGACCUUUCCCGCGUGGUCGUUAUCGACCACGACGCCAAGCAAGUCGGCCUGCAUCCGCAAAACGCUAUCAUCGUGCCUGAGUGGACGGGCGAUUCGAGUGAUACGGCCUUGCUGGACCUCAUCCCCUUCCUGGAGGCCAUGGUCAACGACGAUGUCGCAGAUGUUAGGGAAGAGCUCAAGCUACUCUCCGACGGUGACAUUGCAGCCGCCGUUGCAGAGUACAGGGCAGUCGCGGCGGCUAGGGCAGACAAUGCGGCAGGGGCUGGCGCUGGGACUGGACUGUUUGGCCACGCGAUCACUGGCAUGGCGCAACAAGGGGGUGCUGUUGGCGCACAGUCGGAAGAAGAGGAUGAUGAGACACGUAAGGGAGGAAUAUGGGGGUCUAUUGGAAGGCCUGGUAAGAUUUUCCAUGGAUCAAGUGGAGGGGCAACCACAAAGAAUGCCAACUAGGACGUGGAGGGCUUUGUCUUGAUUCACAUAUUCUAGUGUCUUACGAUCUGUCAUGUACAGUAACUGAAGGAUAUCGGCGUGAUUGAAGAUGUCGGCAAAGUGGGGAGAUGCACGCGCUUUACUGUACUGAGAGCGCUUUACUGUACUGAGAGCGAACCAGUUCGACGAUUGCAUUGCGCGAAAGGGAGACGCUAGCAGAGACACUUCCACAUGCUUUUUGGUUUCCAGAAAAUCGUCCUGUGACCAGAAACCAUGAUGGUCCCCACACGCUUGUGCAGACCACCUGAUUGGGCAACAAUGCGUCUUGGGACCUUGGGAGGACAUGCAUUGUUGUAGUGGUUGAGAUCUGCGUUGGUGACAAAUUUCGCAAAUAUUCUCACUCGCCGAACCUGGUGGUCGCGCGGCUCGCACAAGGUCCACAUACAACACGUUAGCACGUUGGUGAUGUCAGGACGCACACUUGCGUCUAGGUAUCAUGCAAAGUACCCGUUAGCACCCUUUCUCAAGCCAGGCACUGUCGUUAAUCAUCUUACCCAAUGACAUCGACAGCAACAGCCAGUGCACACCCACGGCGAGCAAGGUUUUAUCAACCGGCAGCCGUGACACUCGUGCGCGCGUUGAUACAAUCCCAAGCACGAAUGGUGGAAUCAUACGUACUGCACAUCAGGUAAGGAGUUUCCUGCACUUUAUGGGUGUCCUAAAUUCGAAUGCGAAUGCGGAUGUCCCGGCUUCUGCAGCAGCAACAGCAGAGAUAGCGCGCUUUGCUGGCUUUUUUUAUCCCUGAUCCCCUGUUCCAAAUAUGUAUGUGUGCAUAUGUACAUAUGCAUGUGUACAUAUGCAUGCGUGUGUGUGUGUGUGUGUGUGUGUGUGUGUGUGUGUGUGUGUGUGUGCUCACAACCAACCGGGUUCCGUAGCGUACAGUGUUUGAGAGCGUUCCCAAUGAAUAAAAAAGUACAGUACGGUUCAUAAUCUGCCGUGAACCCCUGUCCGUCGUUUGUGUAAACGGACCUCUU